AUGUCGUCAAAACAUUGCCAUGGCUGCAUGUUUACCCGCAGGAGCCAACGUACCAGGAAGGUUCUGAACAAGCUGAACUUCUCUGUCCCGGAAGACGUGGUGCGGAAGGUGGCCCAGUGCACUCCGGGGGUGGUGGAGCUGGUCCUGAUCCCGCUGAGGCAGAAGAUUGAGGAGAAGCAACGGCAGAUGAAGAUGUCCUCAAACUCCUACCAGGAGCCGGGGAUGCACUCGACCCUGGAAGACAGCAACUACCUGGAUACAGGGUACUCUUCCAAGACCAAGACUAAGCCCAACAGCACCGGGAUCUACAUCCAGGACUCACCUGGGUCAGACAGAGGGACCAAAGGAGCGCCGUUGCAGAACGAGGCCCUGCUGCGCCUGCAGUUGGCCGAGCGGGACCAGGCCCUGCUGGCCUUGCAGGAGACCGUUCAGAUCCUGCAGAUGAAGGUCCGCCGCCUGGAGCACCUCCUGCAACUGAAGAACGUCCGGAUCGACGACCUGACGCGCCGCGUGCAGCAGCAGCAGCAGCCGAAGCGCAAGUGAAGGGCUCCGGUGGCUCCCCCUCCAGCCCUGCAGAAGGAUGGAUGGAUGGACACUUCCUUCUAAAGAGGGCCAGAAGGCUCCCUGGGUGGGGUGGGGUGGGCUGGACCCUUGCUUUGCACGCUCCUGGAAGCACAAGGCGGCCAAACAGAAACUGGCAGGCAAGGAGAAGAGGAACAAGCUGGUUCAGGGAACUGGCUUAGCUCCUUGCCCAAGGCCUCCAGCGAAGAGGGUGAAAGCAGACGGGAUGCCCAAGCCUGCCUGCCUUCAAGGGGGUCUCCCUGGUCAGGAGGGGGCUUCCACUCCAGGAUGGAAGGCUGGCAAAGGGCUCCAGGGUCCCAGUGGCACCCCUUUGGCCCCUCUUUCCCAAGGAGAGGCUCGUUCCUUCUCAGCACCAGCACAAAGGCAUCCUCUUGCCCAGGGGAGAAGGCUAUAG